AACAUACAACACUAUCAAUAUAGCUACAAUGAUUUCUUUAAACUGGAGGUUUACCGAAGUUUUGGCAAAGUUAUAGAAUAAUGUUGCAUUUGAUUGUAUUCGUUACACUUUAUUCCUUACGRUAAAGACAUUGGAUUUUAAGCAGUUCGACGUUGUAAUUUUGUGAGAAAUUACAGAAAAGAACAAGAGAAGUCACCAUUGUUCGAGCUGGAUCGUUUAACGUUUUCCAGAUUUCCUGUCCCUGUGCGGAAGAAUUACCGAGAGGCAGUGACGCAAAACACACAAUAUAYGAAAGCAGCUGUGUGGGACUCGCUCUCAGGACUCUUCGGCUCUAGCACUCAUGAUUUGCACUCAGCAGAGCGAUAGUUGCAGAUUUUGUCAGAGUUGGUGACUCCCCCCCCGGRCCCCCCAACUCUUUUUGACCUCGACUUUUUUGUUUGUUUGUUUGUUUGUGUUGCUUUACCUUUUCUUUUUUUUCUAUCCGACUUGUUUCAUUUUUUUAAUCGCAACCAUUUUUUCGGGAACGAAGCUUGGAUUUUCCCUCAUAUUAUGYACUACGAUGGAUACCGGCRGUUCAGUGGUUAGCAUGCGAACUGAGGAGCAGCCCUUUCAUGUCCGCUACAGGAUGGAGGUAUCCUGCCUGGAGCUGGCGUUGGAAGGGGAGCGGCUCUGUAAGGUGGGCGACUACAGAGCGGGCGUCUCCUUUUUCGAAGCCGCGAUCCAGGUGGGCACAGAGGACCUGCAGGUGCUCAGCGCCAUCUACAGCCAGCUGGGUAACGCCUACUUCCAUCUGCACGACUACGCCAAGGCUCUGGAGUUCCACCGACACGAUCUCACCCUGACGAGAACCAUUGGCGAUCUGCUUGGAGAAGCUAAAGCCAGCGGAAACCUCGGCAACACGUUGAAAGUGCUGGGUCGGUUCGACGAGGCUGUGGUUUGCUGUCAGAGGCACUUGGACAUAGCGAGGGACAUAAACGACAAGAUCGGGCAGGCGCGAGCGCUCUACAAUUUUGGCAAUGUGUACCACGCCAAAGGCAAAAGUAUUUGUUGGAGCGGGGCUGAGCCUGGAGAUUUCCCAGAAGAAGUCAUGACUGCGUUGAAGAAAGCAGCCGAGUUCUACGAAGCGAACCUGGCGAUAGUGAAGGAGCUCGGGGAUCGGGCUGCUCAGGGUCGAACUUAUGGUAACCUCGGCAACACGCACUACCUGCUGGGAAACUUUGGCAAAGCUGUGGCCUCUCAUGAACAGCGUCUGCUGAUAGCGAAGGAGUUUGGCGAUCGAUCAGCAGAACGACGGGCUUACUGUAACCUGGGAAACGCUUUCAUCUUUCUGGGGGAGUUUGAAGUGGCAGCUGAGCAUUACAAGAGGUCGCUGCAGCUGGCGAGGCAGCUGAAGGACCGAGCCGUGGAGGCACAGGCCUGCUACAGUCUGGGGAACACCUACACACUACUGCAGGACUAUGAGAGAGCCAUAGACUACCACCUGAAACACCUCAUCAUAGCUCAGGACCUCAACGACCGGAUUGGCGAGGGUCGAGCAUGCUGGAGUCUUGGCAAUGCCCACACUGCACUGGGGAACCACGACCAGGCCAUGCACUUUGCUGAGAAGCAUCUUGAGAUCUGCAAAGAGACUGGAGACAGGAGCGGGGAGCUGACCGCUCGUAUGAACGUCUCGGAUCUCCAGACGGUUUUGGGUCUGAGCUACAGCACAAACAACUCCACGCUGUCGGAAAACAAGGAGAUAGACUACAACCUGCAUGGAGCAAAGCCCAGGAUGAGCAGACGACACAGCAUGGAGAACCUCGAGCUGGUGAAGCUCACACCGGACAAGAUGAAUGGUCAGAAGUGGAGCAGCGACAUMCUGACCAAGCAGUCCAARCCGUCGCUAGCCAAGAGCUCCUCCAAGCUGUUCUUUGUCAGCCGCCUGCGGGGGAAGAAGUACAAGAUUGGGGGCUCCACCAAGGUCCUCCAGGACACCAGCAACACCCUGGACCCAAGUCAGACGUCCACACAGGCACCACAGAAACGACUCUCUCCUGAAAUGCUUGGAGAUGAAGGCUUCUUUGACCUCYUGAGCCGUUUCCAGAGCAACCGCAUGGACGACCAGCGCUGCUCCGUCCAGGACAGAGGCAGCAGGUUGUCGUUAAACAGCGGGCCGGAUUCGCCCCCCAGAACCAUCAGGAAAUCCGUUUCAGAGUCUGUGAACGUAGCGGGAUCGUCUGGCAGACGGCUGGAGGAAUCRGCGGCCGCCGGGGGAAGCCUGCCAGGUCUGAGACUAAAUCAGAGCAGCAACCAGGCCGUGUUGAACCACCUGAUGGCCAACGCUGACGACGCAGAGCCUGAUGAGGAUUUCUUUGACAUGCUCGUCAAAUGCCAGGGUUCCCGCUUGGACGACCAGCGCUGCGCCCCUCCCCCGCCUCCGGUCCGAGGACCGACUGUCCCCGACGAGGACUUCUUCAGCCUCAUCAUGCGCUCUCAGGCCAAACGAAUGGACGAGCAACGGGUCACGUUGCCUUCUGCAGCCAGAUCCAGCUCAGACUAAACCAAGCACUAAAAAGGGACAAUAAAACCCCCCAAAAAUCUA